AUGGACGGUGGUUCACAAUUCCUUGGCAAAAAUUUGAACGACGAAGCCGUUGAAAAUGUAUCUUUUGUCAGUCCAACUGUAUCCUGGAGUUGGGAGUUGGGGUUUGCUGGUCAGCCGAAAUUCGCGAGAUCAGGACGAGGGUUCCCUCUCAAAGCUGUUCAUCUGCAUCACCGCCUUUUACUUUGCAAGGAUGGGCCCGAAACUCACUCCGUUGUCAAGUGCCGAACGGCAAACUCCGAAGCAGCACACACGAUAUUUUCGGGAGCUCCAGUCGCUCAAUAUGAGAUGAAUUUCACGAAAAGUGACCCAAACGAUUGGGUGUGGCGAUCCCCGCCGAAACUGGCUAUAGGAUUGCUGGAGAAUGUGAUGUGGGCAGCCACCACUAACGAGAAAUUUGAAGCAGCUGCCCGUGGGUACCUCUACGUCUUUCCUUUGCAGCCGACGACUAUCUGUGAAGUCACCCCAGGUAUCAGAGCAUACGCUGGAUAUGUUCAUCUACCCGCUGGGACGCUCGAAGACGUAGGAGUUUACCAGAACUAUUCAAUCAAUACUUUCUUCUGGUUUUUCGAGGCCCGUGAAGAUCCUAUAAACGCUCCAAUAGCCAUAUUUCUCAAUGGUGGCCCUGGAUCAUCUAGCAUGUAA